UCGCGGUUUUCACUUAAUAUGCAUGUGUUAAAAGGUUAUUGUAUAAAAGCCUACACGGUGCAUUUUAUUUUCAACGGGAUACAAACGCAUCAUUACAUUAACAACACGAAAGCGUAUCAGCACAAAAAUGCUUUUAAUUUUUUGUGUAACCAUUAUUUUUGCGCAGGCAUUUGGCGGAAGUCAACAUCAUGGCGUCAAUGUCUUUGUGUCAUAUAAUUACCCAGAAUUCAACAUUGGUGACAGAACAAAUGGAGAAGUGUACAUUGCCUCUGGAAAACUUCACCAAUUUGCAGUCGUGCCAGCCUUAAAUGGUCGUGAAGGCGCUUUCUCUUUGCAAUCCGUUGAAAGACCUGAGCACUACUUACGUCAUCGAAACUUCCUCGUUCACCUCGAUGCUUCAGACGAAAGUGAAUUGUUUAAAAACGACGCUUCGUUCUACAUGCGUGCGAAUAAAUACUUUUCUGGGUAUACUUCAUUGGAAUCGUGCAACUUUCCUGGCCAUUUUCUUCGUCAUCAAAACUACAGAAUGAAACUUCACAAGGAAGACAACAGCCAACUAUUUAAAAUGGAUGCCAGCUUUCUUGCUUCAUCUGUGUCAUGGUUUGCAAAGUUGGAUUCCAAAAAUUUCCCAGGAUUUUAUUGGGGAGUGACGGGUAUCAAUGCAAGAAUAACUAAAGACCAUCAAAUUUCCGUUCAACUGCUUAUGCCUGGUCUGACAGGUCAGGAAGGAACCAUAUCGUUUCAUGUCCCAAGUGCUGGUGGCAAGUCAAAGUACCUACGUCACAGAAAUUAUUUAUUCCGUGCUGAAGGUGAUACAAAUGGAGCAGAGUUGUUUCGCAAAGACUCUACAUACCACGUGAGAAUGGAUAAAUGGUUCCCAGGCUACCUUUCAUUCGAGUCUGUUAAUUUUCCAAAUUAUUUUAUUCGACAUCAAAAUUAUCUCUUGCGGAUCAGCAAAUUUGACAACACAGAAUUGUUUAAAAACGACGCAAGUUUCGAGAUGAAAAUGCUGGGGCCCGGACAGUGAACAUUUGCGCAUCGGGGUGUAAUUUUAGUGGAUUUAAUAACUGAAAAUACAGAAAUUAUAUGCGUCUAGUA